GUCGAGACAGGCGGCGAGUGAGCUCAGCUGAGCAGUAAGCACACACUUCAUGCGGGGCUGCGCAGACCGAUCUGAGUAUGACGUCAAAGAACCGCGAGAGCGGUUCGCAAGCUCCGCCCGAAACAUCACAGGGAAAAUGAUGCUGGUCUGUCAAUAUAUCCACCCUCAGUAAAUGGAUUAGUGUUUGAUUGUACCUGAGACUCCGCUGUCGUCACCUGUAAUGAUCUUUGGCUCGAUUGGAGAAACUCCAGGCGCUCAAGGCCAUUCGGAUAUCACAAGGUUGACCGGUGUCAACUGCACGAUCUAAGCAUGGAUGAGAUAGAGAGCGGCUCAAGGUCGGCAUCUUCACAAUGCUCUUCCCCUACUGUGAGCCCGUGGAGAAACAUGGUGGAAUAUUUCAAGAACCUUAUCAAGAACUCAAUAUCUCAGAGGUUUCGUGAAUGGGUAAGGGAGUACUGCAAAAGGAACGGCUUGCUCACCCUCUCUGUGUUAGCUGUGAUGUCCGGCUGUGCGGUGGGCUUCACAUUGAGAAGCUUAAACUUGUCAUCACAGGCAAAAAUCUAUUUCUCAUUUCCUGGAGAACUUCUCAUGAGAAUGCUGAAAAUGUUAAUUCUUCCUCUCAUCACAUCCAGUUUAAUGUCUGGCUUGUCUGCUAUGGACACCAAGGCCAGUGGACGUCUGGGCCUUCUCACCAUCACAUAUUACCUGUGGACAACCUUCAUUGCAGUAAUAGUGGGCAUUAUUCUUGUGCUGAUCAUUCAUCCUGGAGCUGGUACUGAGAAAGAGGGCCAUAAAGCUGCAGGAGGGCCAGUGAUGACAUCAGCAGAUGCCCUGCUUGAUUUGAUCAGGAACAUGAUCCCAUCCAAUCUGAUUGAAGCCACAUUUCAGCAGUAUAAAACCGAGCUUGUGCCUAAUUUUAAAAACAGCGAAAAAUCAUCGCAGGCCAACUUUGUGUACGUUAUGCCAGACUAUGACAAUCCAAAGAUGGGCCACCCAGUGUUUUUGGAACUGACUCCUCCCCCUGAGCUCCACUACAGGAUCGUUCCGGGGAAAAGCAACGGGAUGAACGUGCUGGGAAUUGUCAUUUUCUCUGCCACUAUGGGUCUUUUGCUUGGUAGAAUGGGGUCAAGAGGUGCACCACUUGUAAACGUGUGUCUUUGUGUCAAUGAGUGUGUCAUGAAGAUCAUCAAUGCUGCUAUGUGGUACUUCCCAUUUGGGAUUGUGUUUCUGGUUGCUGGAAAGAUCCUUGACAUGCAUGAUCCUGCGGAUCUUGCCGAGAAGCUUGGGAUGUACUUCAUAACUGUUCUGGCCGGUCUGUUUGUCCAUGGUGUGAUUUUACUACCAUCAUUCUUCUUCCUGUUCACCAGGAAAAAUCCUUUCAGCUACAUCCGUGGGCUCCUUCAGGCUCUGGUUAUUGCUUUGGCGACUUCAUCCAGUUCAGCUACUCUGCCAAUAACAAUGAAGUGCUUGUUGGAAAACUGUCACGUGGAUCGGAAAAUAGCCCGAUUCGUGCUUCCUGUCGGUGCCACUAUCAAUAUGGAUGGCACAGCGCUGUAUGAGGCAGUGGCCGCCAUCUUCAUCGCACAGGUCAACGAGUACGAGCUAGAUUUUGGACAACUUGUCACUAUCAGUAUCACAGCUACUGCAGCGAGCAUAGGAGCAGCUGGAAUCCCACAGGCGGGUCUUGUUACCAUGGUUAUCGUCUUAACAUCCGUAGGUUUGCCUCCGGAUGACAUCUCACUCAUUGUGGCUAUUGACUGGAUCCUGGACAGAUUUCGAACAAUGAUCAACGUGCUUGGAGAUGCUUUAGCGGCAGGAAUCAUGGCUCACGUGUGCCGAAAGGACUUUCAGAAAAGUAUGGCAUCAUCAAACAACGCAGAGAGAAGAGAUACUUUAAUAUCUUAUGGAAACCAGAGCGUGCAGAGUUUUCCCACAUCUGAGACUCCGCUGUUGGCCAACAGGGACUACAUUUUAGAGGUGGUUGGGGAUCAGGUGAUCGAGAAACCGCCCUGUUAUAACCUCUGCCAAGUUUAACUUUGACAUAUGAAACUGAGAAGGAACUGGAGCUGCCUUGACUUCACAAAAAACCUUUCCUCUUUUUCUUGCUUUUGUUACACUAUUGUGCCAUUCUGUCGUGUUAGUUUUACCUCAACAGUCGCCUAUUGGUGAACCUGCAAAUUGAGGAAACUUUGAGGAUUUUCAUAUCUAAUUUUUUUUUAUAAAACUAUAAUGUUCAGAUGUUUUUUUUAAAGUUUCACUAUGCAGGAUUUUCAGUUACUGUUUGUAAAUAUAACAUCCAAACUUGGGCCCUCCAGAAGCACGCAAAUUAACCAAAUAUUUAGCAAGUAAAUAUCUACACUACCGGUCAAAAGGUUUGGAACACUCACUCGUUCUUUAUUUAUAUUUUUUCUACAUUACAGAAUAAUAAUAAACUUUUCCAAACUAUAGCAUAACACACAUGUAACUGUGGAAAUUGUGUUGGUGACUAAAAGCAUACGAAAAAAAUCAAAACUCUGUUAUAUUUUAUCAUCUGAAAUGCGGUCACCCUUUGCUUAGAAAUUGCAAAACCGUAUACCAGUGUUAUUUUAUCAAGAAGAUUCUUGAAGUAUCACCUUAAGAUGAAUUUUAAAGAAUACGGAAGUUGUUCUGAUUUAAACUGGGCUUUUAUUUGUUGCUUUCUCUUCAAUAUUCAGUCCAAGUCUAAAAUAAUAUUUAAAAAAUAAAAUUGUAGUUUUCUAAUAACAGAAAUGCUGUUUGGCACUGCUAUAUUUUUGUCUACAAAAGUAAUUACAAGCAUUUAUCAAAUUUUUUUAACAUUUCAGUCAAGUGUUUCAAAACUUUUGACUAGUAUAUGUAAACUUUCAGCUCUGAAUUUAUACACAAACACAAAUGUACUAAAUAGCUACCACUAUCUCCAACAAUGAACUUAUUUCCAACAAAAUGUAUUAUAUUGCUGUUGUAUAACUGGCUUGUGUGUUAAACAGCGCAUUAUUUAAAACUCAGUAAUUUCUACAGACCUCAAGACUUAUUUUUCAUAAUAUACAUAAUGUUUAGUUGUAAAUAAACAUGUCGUAAGCUGCUCGUAUGUAAAUUGCAACCCAGACAGAAGAUGACUCCAGGCCUGAUCCGCACCGGAGCUGCUGACCUUGGCGUGAAUCCGGCCCGGAGUCGUCUGCGGUCUAGGAAGCUACUACCGAUGCCAUUACACAAUCCUGUCUAACAGGACACAUUCAUUGGCCUUCAGUGCUCGUCUGUGGAUGUAUACAAACCCCAGAUUUACUCUGCUUUAACUAUAUUUGUGUUCUCUGGUUAAGUGCUUUACGUUGCCGCCCAUAAAUGUCCCAAGCACCCUAACAAUAUAAAAAAUACAAGCAGUGAACAGUGUUUCUGUAGACACAAACACGAGCAUAUACUUAUAGUGGAUCAUUAGUAAGAGAUUAUGAUUGUAUAUACUUACUUUUUUGAGAAAUCCUGCAUAUUGCAUCUUUAACUACUAUGUGUGUCCUAGAAUUGCCUUUAAACACAACAAUGAUGUAUGGCAGUUAAACUGACUGAAAAAUGAUGACAAACCAUAAUAUCCCAAUAGGAAAGCAUAACUGGGUGAUUCUGACGAAAUCCAGAUUUAGAAGGUGUCCAGCAUCAGAAUUUUUAAAAAGCCCUUGAAGCCAAUUUUUUUGUUGCACAUAUAAGAUUAAGAUCUGAAAUUUAACCAUCAUUUUUAGAGGAUUUAAAACAUAUUUCCUAUAGAAUUGUUUACAUUUUUAGAUUAUCAUUAUCAAAAAUUAUCAUUACCACAACAGGAUAUUACAUUAAAUAUAUGCAUUUACAAACUCAUGUCUCCGUAAUGAGAACUAAAAAGUUGUCUAGGUCGAUGACAAACAAAAUGUAAACUUUUUUUCUAGAGAGAAAAAAUAAGAACUGCUUACCUGGUGGCCAUCUUGAGUGUCACAGUCAAUUUUUUUUGAAAAUGUUCGUUUAUUGAGGGCUUAAACAAUGAUUGAAAAUUGUUGCGGAAGAUGAGAAAACUUGGACACAUUUAUACUCAUUAUUAUUGUCUGUUUUUUUACUGUAAAUGUUUAUAGUAUAACAUGCACUGAAGCUUCUUAUUUUUUUAGAUUUUUUAAUUAUAAAUAUUUCCAUGUCAAUGAACCCAAAUCCAGUCAUGGACAUGUUGCGGUAAUGAAAAUUUUCCCCUUAAAUGUGGAAAAAAACAACAAAAUUGGUUUGUGUGAUGUCAUUGGAAAUCAUGUGCAAAAUAGUACAUGAAGAGAUGUUUGUAACUGUAUGCUUCUUAUUUUGAUAGCAUUUACUUUUUUAUCAAUGUUUCAUGACCUCAUAAGUCUAAAAUCACCCAACUAGGUUCAGUAUUACAUAGCCAGGGCCCAAACGGUGGAUGGUAAAUCACCAGUUGCCUUGUGUAUGUGUAGCAUUACUAUAAAAAUCUCUUCAGUACACACAAUCCCUCUGUUUAGUUCAAUCAUAUGCCCAUGUUUGGAAAAAAUUAUGUCAUUCUACCAUUAUAAAUUGUUUAUUUUCUUAAUAAAACCUGAAAAAUGAUUUUACCUUGUCAUUAUUCAUACUUUAUGA